UGAGGUACGGUACUUAUCACCCUCCUUUGGCUUGUCUUCGCAUGUACAAAAUAUGGUUUGAUGUCACCUUAAGAAUAAGGCAUAGCAGAAGCAACUGUUAUGAAAUGUUAAUAAUAUCAAUGACUAUAACGUUCUUUCCACAUAAAAACGAGAAGGAAUAAUUUCAUAAAACAAAGGUUAAUAUUUGAAGUAGCAAUGAAAUACUGGACGGCCGAGAGAAAUUACUGGUGGCUAGUUGUUUGUGUGACUCUGACAGUUAUAAGAAGUGGUGAAGCAAAUCCGGAUGCCAAGCGGCUAUACGACGACUUAAUAUCCCGAUAUAAUAAACUAGUUCGACCAGUCCUCAACGUCAGUGAAGCUCUGACUGUUAGCAUCAAGCUCAAGUUAUCCCAGUUGAUUGAAGUGAAUCUGAAGGAGCAGAUUAUGACAACAAACGUCUGGGUUCAGCAGUUUUGGGAAGACUAUAAAUUGCAAUGGGAUCCGAGGGAGUAUGGUGGUGUGGAUAUGCUACACGUGCCUUCAGAUCACAUCUGGAGGCCAGAUAUCGUUCUGUAUAAUAAUGCCGAUGGUAACUUUGAAGUUACGCUAACAACUAAGGCAAUGGUGAACUACCAGGGAUUCAUUGAAUGGAAACCUCCAGCUAUCUAUAGAAGUUCUUGCAUUAUUGAUGUCGAAUACUUUCCUUUCGACGAGCAAACUUGUGUGAUGAAGUUUGGCUCCUGGACCUACGAUGGAUUUAAGGUUGACCUUCGACACCACGGUGAGGUAUCAGGGACAAAUCUCGUGGAAAUUGGUAUUGACUUGAGUGAUUUUUACCUGAGCGUGGAGUGGGACGUCCUGGAAGUGCCUGCUGUACGGAACGAGAAGUACUACACCUGUUGCGACGAACCCUACAUUGACAUUACUUUCAACAUAAGCAUGCGACGCAAAACGUUAUUUUACACUGUCAACCUCAUCAUUCCUUGCAUGGGAAUCUCUUUUCUCACGGUGUUGGUAUUCUAUCUUCCCUCAGACAGUGGUCAGAAAGUAACACUGAGUAUUUCUAUCCUGUUGGCUCUAACAGUGUUCUUUCUAUUGUUGGCUGAAAUAAUUCCUCCAACCUCACUGACGGUGCCUUUGCUAGGCAAGUAUUUAUUAUUUACUAUGAUUCUAGUGACACUUUCCAUAUGUGUGACAGUAGUGGUGCUGAAUGUACAUUUCCGCACAAGCUCGACACAUCAUAUGAGUCCCUGGGUGAAGCGUGUUUUCAUGCAAAUGUUACCUCGUCUUCUACUUAUGCGCAGACCAUCGGAUUCAGUAUCUGAAUCUCGGAAGGUAAUGAUACGAACCUGUAACGGAACAGAGCUCAGAGAAUACAACUCACAAAACGAUCCUUAUAGUACAAGACAAAGCUGUGAUGAGGAAUAUGGGUCUGAGAUUAAUUAUCCAGGAUGCAGAGUUCACGGGAACGGCGGGCAUGUGCACGCAUCAAUGUCCAAUCCAAUGACUUCGGAUCAAGCUGUAAUGCAGGAACAUGAGAGGUGUUCAGGAAUCAGAAGGUUACAUUUCUGUCCGGAAUUUGAGAGAGCGAUGGAGUCCGUGCACUACAUAGCCGACCAUACUAGAAGAUAUGAAGAACAUAUAAAUGUAAAAGAAGACUGGAAGUACGUAGCGAUGGUCCUUGACAGGUUAUUUCUUUGGAUCUUCACCAUCGCAGUGCUUGUGGGAACAUGUGGAAUAAUUUUACAUGCACCAACCCUCUAUGACAGCAGAGAACCUGUUGAUGUUAAACUAUCCGAAGUUGCCAUGGCAACCAGACACCAUCAUCUACCUCGAUCAUAAAGAAACACGCCACUUAAUUGAAAAGAUCUGCAGUAAAUUUUUUUUCGGAAAAGUGAAUACCUAUAACAACAUCUCUCCAUUAACUUCGAAGGUAUUCGUGUCAGCUCAAGGCUUGUAGCUCCCACCAAUGCUCAACAAGAUACGUGUAUUAUGAUAAUUAGGGUUCAUUCCGGAACUAGCUAGAAUGUAACAAAAGGUUAGUUGAAAGUCAAGUUUUCCCUUAC